UUAAAUCCAAAGUGAGAAAUGGAGAUUGCUCAUGCAGUUGUGAUAGCAUGCCCAGCUCAAGGCCACAUUAAGGCCAUGCUGAAGAUGGCGAAGCUCCUACACCACAAGGGCUUCUACAUCACCUUCGUGAACACCGAGUUCAACCACAACCGUUUCCUCAAGGCCCGAGGACCCCAAGCCCUAGAUGGGGUUCCCGGUUUUCGGUUUGAGACAAUUCCGGAUGGCAUUCCACCUUCUAAUGAGGACGCCACACAGGACCCGGGAGCCAUCUGCCAAGCCAUUCGCACCAAUAUGCUUUCGCCAUUCAGGGAGCUCUUGUCCAGACUCAACCAAAGAGGGUCUGCAUGUCCUCCGGUGACUUCCAUCCUGUCUGACAUCUCUACGCCGUUCACAGUUGACGCUGCACUAGAGCUAGGGAUACCCGUGGUUCUAUACUCUAGUUUUGGUGCGUGUGGUUUCUUUGGAUUGGAUCAAUUUCGUGUCCUCAAGGAAAGGAGUCUUACCCCACUUAAAGACAAGAGUGAGCUGACGGAAGAGUAUUUAGACACUAAACUGGAUUGGCUACCGACCGGAUUCGGCAACCUUUGUCUGCGUGACCUACCAUCGUUCUUCCAAACCACUGACCCAGACGACCCAUUGUUCAACUUAUCCAUGGAAGCAGCCGAAGCAGUACCUAGGGCCUCCGCGCUAGGCAUUGAAACCUACGAAGCCCUCGAGCCUAAAAUCCUAAAUCAUCUUUCUGCCAAAUUCCCAAAAGUUUUCGCUGUGGGUCCUCUUCAGUUACUCCUCAACCAAAUCUCGUUGCAUAACCUAGACUCCGUCGGGUAUAACCUCUGGCCUGAGGCAGCAGAAUGCCUGGAGUGGCUUGACACGAUGGGAGACAACACGGUGGUAUAUAUCAACUUCGGUAGCAUCACCCUGGUGACUCCACAACAACUGAUCGAAUUCGCGUGGGGUCUAGCCAACAGCAACAAACACUUCAUGUGGAUAAUCAGACCUGAUCUGGUCAUGGGCGAGUCUGCGGUUCUACCUCCUGAGUUCUUCGAAGAAACUAAAGGGAGAUGUUUGAUCACGAGCUGGUGCGACCAAGAGCGGGUCCUUAACCAUCCUGCGGUUGGAGGAUUCCUGACCCACAGCGGAUGGAAUUCGACGAUUGAGAGCCUGUCUGCGGGUGUGCCGAUGAUUUGCUGGCCUUUCUUCGCCGAUCAACAGGAUAAUUGUAGACAUGCUUGUGAGGAGUGGAAGGUGGCUCUACAGAUUGAUAAUGAUGUGAAGAGAUUUGAAGUAGAGAAGCUUGUGAAUGAUUUAAUGGAGGGGGAGAAGGGGAAGGAGAUGAGAGGUAAUGCUUCGGUGUGGAAGAAGCUGGCAGAUGCGGCCGCAGCUCAAGAUGGCUCAUCCUCCAUUAAUUUGGACAAGUUGAUUAGUGUCUUAUUGGCCAAGGUUUAGGCUAUUACCUUUUGUUUAAAUCUUAAUUAUUUUGUCAACUAAUAAGGUUUCUUGGUUUGUG